CGCAUUUUCAUAGUGAACGUGUGCCGAGUUCGGGAUGGCGUAUCAACCAUCCGAACCCUUCCAAACGACCACCCAUAACGAACUUCUCCGGCAUGGACUCAUACCUCCCGACAACACCACAUAUAACCGCAUAAAAAGCCCUCAUAUCUUACCAAUCUCACCAGCUUCAACUGCGCCGUGUCAUCGUCGCUGAUCAGCUCUGCCAUUAGAGCUCAUAGCGACGAGGCCAAUUGGCUCUCUCUCUUAUCCAGAUCCCGCCUCUUCACCCCACUGACUCAGCACACGACAAACAUGUCUUCACCGCCAGGUCCUCCAGGCAAGACCAGCUCCCUCAGCAAGAUAGCUCCUCACAUCGACCUUGACGGGCACGAUCUCCCUCCGUCCCCAGCGCCCUCCAGCCCACGCAAUGGCCGCAAAUACGCCCUCUCCACCGAGCUCGUCUACACCGACAGCAAGGACCAGUAUGGCGCCUCCAGCAUGCCCAUCUACCAGUCCGCGACCUUCAAGCAGACCUCGGCCGCCGGCGGAAACGAAUACGACUACACACGCUCAGGAAACCCUACACGCACGCACCUCGAGCGCCACCUGGCGAAGGUCAUGAACGCCUCGCGCGCGCUGGUUGUUGGCUCAGGCAUGGGCGCCCUGGAUGUCAUCACGCGGGUGCUGAAGCACGGAGACGAGGUCGUGAGCGGAGAUGAUAUCUACGGUGGCACGAACCGCCUGCUCAAGUACCUGUCGACGUACAGCGGCAUCAUUGUGCACCACGUCGACACGACCGAUCCAGAGUGCGUGCGCAAGGUGCUGUCGCCAAAGACGGCCAUGGUGCUGCUCGAGUCGCCGACCAACCCGCUAAUUAAGAUCGUGGACAUCCCUACCAUCGCAAAGUUGGCACACGAGGCCUCGCCCACCGCCCUGGUUGUGGUAGACAACACCAUGAUGUCGCCUAUGCUGUGCAACCCCCUCGACCUCGGCGCGGAUCUCGUCUACGAGUCCGGCACAAAAUACCUCUCUGGCCACCACGACAUCAUGGCCGGAGUCCUCGCCUUCAACGACGCCGCCCUCGGCGACAAAAUGUUCUUCACCAUCAACGCGACGGGCUGCGGCCUCUCGCCCAACGACGCCUUCCUCCUGAUGCGCGGCCUCAAGACCCUCGCCAUCCGCAUGGACCGACAGCAGGCGAACGCACAGCGCAUCGCCGAGUUCCUCGAGUCGCACGGCUUCCGCGUGCGCUUCCCGGGAUUGAAGUCACACCCACAGUACGAUCUGCACUGGAGCAUGGCGCGCGGCGCUGGUGCGGUGCUAAGUUUCGAAACGGGGGAUGUAGGGGUGUCGGAGCGGAUUGUGGAGGCGGCGAGGUUGUAUGGCAUCAGUGUCAGCUUUGGGUGCGUGAACAGUCUGAUUAGCAUGCCGUGCCGCAUGAGCCAUGCGAGUAUCGAUGCGAAGACGAGGGCGGAGAGGCAGAUGCCAGAGGAUGUUAUUAGGUUGUGCAUUGGCAUCGAGGAUGUGGAUGAUUUGAUUGAUGAUCUUACGCGAGCACUCGUCCAAGCCGGCGCGGUGACAGUGACGCUCGACGGCUUCCACGCCAAGGGCUCCGCAUCAGAUAGCGGAUCCGUCAACGGCACUACCGCGUGAAUGAACAUUAAUGAGCAUGAAUGAUUUCAGGGGAUCCUAUACCUAAAUAUAUAUCUUCCACGGCGGCGGCGUUUCGGGUUUUUGUUUGGGAAAAAUAGGUUAUGCUUUGGUUAUGGGAUUUCCCAUUCGUGAAUAUCACUUGUGCAGCUGGUGGGCUUGGAGCUCAUUGGAAUCCAUCGAGCCUACGAAUUAGAGGAGCGGGAGAGUAGAUACUCGCCCUCUGGUGUCGUUUCAGGUGGUAGCGGUUGUUCUGUCCAGAU